GUUGCCAGGUUCUGCCUACAAACUUGUAUGUUAUUUCACUAAUUGGUCUCAGUACAGACCAGAACCAGCCAAGUUCUUUCCAAACAACAUUGAUCCAAAUCUUUGUACUCAUUUGACCUAUGCCUUUGCCACUAUGAAUCAAAAUAAGAUUGCACCAUACGAAUGGAAUGAUGAAGACAGACUCUUCCCAGAAUUUCAAGCACUUAAAAAAAGCAACCCCAAUCUUGUCACUCUGCUAGCUAUUGGAGGCUGGAAUUUUGGCACUCAGAAGUUCACUGAAAUGGUUUCCUUAGAAGCCAACCGUAAGAUCUUCAUCACUUCUGUGAUUGAAUAUCUCUGUAAGUUUGGGUUUGAUGGGAUUGACCUGGACUUUGAAUACCCAGGAUCCAGAGGCAGCCCUCCUGAAGACAAACACCGCUUUACCAUCCUGAUUCAGGAAAUGCUGGCUGCUUUUGAAAACAAUAAAUGUCAAGGGAAGAGGCUUUUGAUCACAGCGGCUGUAUCUGCUGGCAAAGGAACUAUUGAUGCAGGAUAUGAAAUUGCUGAAAUAGGAAAACUUCUAGAUUUCAUCAGUGUAAUGACGUAUGACUUCCAUGGAGGCUGGGAUACUGUCACGGGACACAACAGCCCCUUGUAUGAGGGAUCGAAAGACCAGGGUGAUUUCAAGUAUUUCAAUUGUGAUUAUGCUAUGAAGUACUGGAGGGACAAUGGUGCCCCAGCUGCAAAGCUUCUUAUGGGAUUCCCCACCUAUGGACGCACCUUCAGACUUACUACCUCAGACACCGAUGUUGGUGCUCCUGUCUCUGGGGCUGGCUCAGCUGGACCUUACACCCGUGAGGCAGGCUUCUGGGCCUACUAUGAGAUUUGCACGUUCUUAAAAACUGCCACACGAAAAUGGAUUGAUGACCAGAAAGUCCCAUAUACCUACAGUGGAAAUGAAUGGGUUGGAUAUGACGAUAUUUGCAGCUACAAAUAUAAAGUCAAGUACCUGAAAGAGAACAAUUUUGGAGGAGCCAUGGUUUGGGCCAUUGAUCUGGAUGACUUCCUGGGCACUUUCUGCAAUGAAGGAAAAUAUCCUCUAAUAAAUGAGCUGAAGAGACUUCUUGAAACCAAUGACCCCAUUGUGCCAAAUUGCCCUAAUGGAAUUACUCCAACUCCACCUGAAACUACUACAACGCCUGUUCCUCCUACAACGCCUGGCCAUACAGACACUACAACUACGACUACAACUGUGGAGCCCUCGCGAGAGAAGUUUUGUGACAACAAACAGGAUGGUAUCUAUGCUGACCCAAAAGACAAAAACAAAUUCUAUAUGUGUUUCAACAAGGCCACUUACAGCUUUAGCUGUGCUCCUGGAUUGGUGUUUGAUGACAGCUGUAAGUGCUGCAAUUUCCCUUAAUAUUAAGAGAUGGUUUCCAACAAAGAGAGAUGAUUAAAAUGAUGUUGCCCUUUGAUGCACAGCAGACCCCCUCCCCUUCCUUUUUCCUUUCAAAUAAAAUCCAGGAGGCAUGACUAAA